UGUCAAUGUUGACCAAAUGAAAAUAUUUACUUGACACGAAACCCCAACAAAUUGGAGUUACAAUAAUAUAACUUAUAUUUUUUAAAAUUAAUCUAUAAAAACAAUCAACAACACCAAGAUGGUUUUUGAAGUUGGACCACCACCACCAAUACUUCCUGAUAUUAAAAGUGAACUUCGUGAAUACAUUGAGUGUCCAGAGAGAUUACCAAUUCACCAGCUUGAAAAUAAUCAACAAUACAUAGAAAGAGAGCCAGAUGUAUUGUCACUUCUUGCAUUUGAUAUAACACCACUAAGUACAACUCUUAAAUUUGACAGAGAUCCAAUAACUGGUAAAAUAACAAGAAUGAGAGAAGACAUAUUACAAGGUGCUGGUGCAAAUUCAAAAAAUUCAAUGUCAAUGACAAGAGCACCUGGACCACAAAUGGAAGGUGUCAAGGGUAAUUCAAGUAAUUUUCCAUUUUGGCCUGGUGGUUUUGAUGAACCAGAAAAAAUUAAAAUUGACUCAGAUUAUGAAAUUGAUUUUGAUAAUAAUCAUCGUACUGUAGCUAAAGGUUUUCAAAUUGGUAUUGAAUUUGAUACUGAUAAUAUUACACCAUUGAAUAGAGGAAAAUUAGAUAAAAAAAUUGAUGAUGAUACUGUUGAUGUUGAUGGAAAUACUGAUGCAAAUGAUGAUAAAAUAAAAAAAAUAAAUUUAAUGGCAAUGAUACAUGAAGAAGAAAAUAUGCUUGGUUUUUGGUCAACAAAUGAUAAAACUGAAAGCGAAAAAUUAAAAAAUAAUAAUAAAAUAAUUGAAAAUAUGAAUCUUGAUGGUCUUGAUGAAUUAAAAUUCAACGAAACAAAUAUACCAAUAUUAAAAACAAUUGAAAAACAAAAAACAACAUUACGUAAAGCUGAAUGGGCUGAACAACUUGAUGUAUCAAUACCAGUUGUUGAUUUUGAUAAAAAAGUACCAAAACCAGCAAUAGUAUUUGAUUAUGAAUUAGAUACAUUUCAAAAACAAGCAAUAAUUAAACUUGAAGAAGGUUGUAAUGUAUUUGUUGCUGCUCAUACAUCAGCUGGUAAAACAACUGUUGCUGAAUAUGCUAUUGCAUUAUCACAAAGACACAUGACUAGAGUUAUAUAUACAUCACCAAUAAAAGCAUUAUCAAAUCAAAAAUAUCGUGAUUUUAAAAGAAAUAAACAUUUUGAAAGUAUUGGUCUUGUUACUGGUGACAUGCAAAUUAAUCAAACAGCAAAUUGUUUAAUAAUGACAACUGAAAUAUUACAAACAAUGUUGUACAAUGCAUCAGAAGUGCUACGUGAUUUAGAAUAUGUUAUAUUUGAUGAAGUACAUUAUAUCAAUGACGAACAUCGUGGUCAUGUUUGGGAAGAGAUUGUUAUAUUAUUACCACCACAUGUUAACAUUGUCAUGUUAUCAGCAACAGUACCAAAUCCAUUGAUAUUUGCAAAUUGGGUUGGUAAUAUUAAAAAGCGUAAAAUGUUUGUAAUAAGUACACUGAAAAGACCAGUACCAUUGAAGCAUUAUUUGUAUGCUGGAACUGAUGGUAAAACACGUAAUGAUGUAUUUCUAGUACUUGAUGGUGAGGGACAAUUUGAGCUUGAAAAUUGGUACAAAGUUAAGACACUAAAUGAUAAAAAAAUAUCUAAAAAUGCACAAAAAAGUGGCGGAGGUGGUGGAGGAGGAGGUGGAGGUGGAGGUAAUAAUAAUAGAAGAAAUCAAAUGUCACCAAAACAAGAACAAACAAUGUGGAUUGCAUUUGUUGCACAUUUAAAAGAACAAGAUAAAUUACCAGUUGUUAUAUUUACAUUAUCAAGAAAUAGAUGUGAUGGUAAUGCUGAUGCAUUAAAUUCAGUUGAUCUUACAACUGAAACUGAAAAAGGACAUGUUAGAACAUUUUUUAAAAAAUGUGUUAAACGUUUAAAUGAAUCAGACAGAGAAUUACCACAAGUACGACGUAUGGCUGGUUUAUUAGAACGUGGUAUUGGUGUACAUCACAGUGGUAUUCUACCAAUAUUAAAAGAAAUCAUUGAAUUAUUAUUUCAAAAUGGUGUUGUUAAAUUAUUAUUUGCAACAGAAACAUUUGCCAUGGGAAUAAAUAUGCCAGCAAGAACUGUAGUAUUUGAUUCAAUUAGAAAAUUUGAUGGUAAACAAUUUCGUCAUCUUUUACCAACAGAAUAUAUACAAAUGGCUGGACGUGCUGGUAGACGUGGACAUGAUAAAGUUGGUACUGUUAUGUUAAUGUGUAAAAAUGAUGUACCAUCUGUUAAUGAUUUAAAAGCAAUGAUGUGUGGUAAACCACAAAAUUUACAAUCACAAUUUAAAAUAACAUAUGCUAUGGUAUUAAAUUUACGUCGUGUUAGUGAAUCAGUUAGUAUUGAAGAUAUGAUGAGACGUUCAUUUAAAGAAUUAUCAUUAAUGACUGAUCAAAAUAAGCGUAAAAAUGAACUUGAAGAAAUUGAAAAAAAAUUAGCUAAUUUUCCACCAGAAAAUGAUAUACAAAAAACACUUGGUGCAUUUUAUACAAUUGCAACUGAUUUUAUAAAAGAAUGGAAAUUAUUAAGUCCUGAAUUAUUUUCAACUAAAAAAAUUACAAAAAUUAUGACACCUGGUAGAAUUCUUUUAAUAUCACAUAGAAACCAUUAUAGAAAAUUGGCAUUGUUAUUAAUGGUACAACAAAAACGUGAUGAACUUGAAUAUGGUGUAUUAAUAUUAACAAAUUCAAAUGAACAACAACAAGACAAUGAGCCAAAUAUUGAUGAAAAUAAAAUAGACAAUUGGCAUAAAAUAAUAAGUAUGACUAAACAACAUAUAUUUGUACCAGAAGGUGUACCAUCAUCAAAAUAUAUUACAAUUAAAUGUCAAGAUAUUGUUGAAAUAACAAAUUGUGUAUCACCAAUUGAUUGUAGUCUUGUUUAUAAUGAUUGUAACAAAAGAUUAUUACCAAGAUUCCAGCAUGAUCAACCAAGUCCAACAUGUCAAAAUGCCAUACAAGAAUUAACAACACUAUCAUUGAUGGCUUUAUCAAGACCACAGAUACUUCAACCAUUUGUUGAAUUUAGUGUAUCACAGCCACAGCUAUUACCAAGACUACGUUAUCUUGCAACAUUAUCAUCACAAAUUGAAAAUUCACAUGUUAAACAUAUACCAAAUUUGGAAAAACAUUUUGAGCAAGUGUUUGAACGUCAUGAAUUGGAAAGACAACGUAGAGAUUUACAAUUUCAUUUGAGUGAUGAAAGUAUGGCAUUGUAUCCAGAUUAUGUUAAUCGUGUUGCUGUAUUAAAAGAACUUGGUUAUAUUGAUGUUGAUGAACGUGUUACAUUGAAAGGACGUGUUGCACUUGAUAUGGGUACACAUGAGCUACUGAUAACUGAACUUGUUUAUCAAAAUAUAUUAACAAAUCUGCAACCAGCUGAAAUUGCAGCAUUAUUAUCAGCUUUGGUAUUUCAACAGAGGCAAGAUGAAGAGCCAGAUAUUAAAUUACCAGUUCUUAAAGAACAAUGUAAAAUUAUUGAACAAGUUAGAGCUAAUAUUGAAAAAGUUGAAAUUGCAUAUGGUGUUGAUCCAGUUGAACCAUUGUCAUUUGGUCUAGUUGAAGUUGUUUAUGAAUGGGCAAGAGCUGAGACGUUUUCUAAAAUAAUGGAGCUAACUGAUGUACAAGAGGGUAUUAUUGUUAGAUGCAUACAACAAUUGAAUGAUACACUGCAAGAUGUUAAAACAGCUGCAACGAGAAUUGGUGAAACUGUUCUUAGAGAAAAAAUGGAGGAGGCAUCAACAGCCAUCAAAAGAGACAUUGUAUUUACAGCAUCACUUUAUACACAAGAUUAAUCAUCAUCAUUUAUUUUAUUUUAUUAUUAAUUAAAAAAUUGUAAAUGGGAAAUUAAAAAAAAAAAAAACAAACAAAC